AUGUUUGGUACUUGCUGCAGACUGUGUGGUGAAGCCGUGAAACUGCGGUGCGGGCCUCCUAAACUAGCUCUAGUGCCCGUCGAGAACAGUUCCAGUGAUCCUCCAGCGAUCGAGAAGCUGGACAACAGCUCGGCCAGGGUGGAACAGCUGGAGAAGCAGCUGAGGAACUUCUUGGCCGAGAUAGAGACCACCAAGGCUCGAGGACUCUUCGCCAACCUCGCCGAGGCCCUCUGCUCCGACGACAGCUUCGCAGAGACCAGGGACACCGCGGACUGCUGGAAUGGCCAUCGUGUCGGAGAGUGA